GACAAUGCUAAACGUGUUUUUGAUAGCUCUGUGUAUCGCUGCUGGAUCUCAGGCCGGCGGAGGAAUAUCUGAUUCCAGACGGGAACCUUGCAACCAGAUAUGUGAAGAUGAUAUGUAUGAAGUCAAUAUUUGCGGAACUGACGGCGUAUUAUACGGCUCAAUGUGUGAAUUUGAUAGAGCCAAGUGUGUCGCAACAAAAAAUGGUACUCCUCUGGAGGUCUACAGCACGGGCCAGUGCAUUACGUUGAAUACAUCAUGUGACGUAUUAAAAGACCCUAUUGUAAAAUGUGAAUCCAAGGAUGUAGAUUUGCUUUGUGCAUCAAACAACAUUACAUAUGACAGCGUAUGUGAAUUCAUGAUGGUCAGGUGUCGCCAUUCCCCACACAAACCGUUACGUUUACUGCACACUGGCGCUUGUGUUUACGAUCUGAGUUCAGCAGUGCAGCUAAACUGUUCCCAGUAUGUUGUUGACACUUCUGAGCUUGCGGUUGAAAAUGCAACUGCGCUUCAUCUCAAUUUCAAAUGCCACAACCACCAUUCGGCGGAGAGCGUAUGUUUGAUGAACGGACGGACGUAUUAUGAUGCAUGCCGGUACUGUGAGCUGCUUUACAGACAGGGCACAGUCACAUCGACACAUUUGAUAACUUACAUCCAACACACUGGAAGCUGUCAUCACUCCUCUGUUGUGGGAUAAUGUGUUUCUGUACAUACAUGCUUAUCUAAAGUGCAAAACUGUC